GGCGGGCUGCGCGCCCCGCGCCCGAGCCGCAGUCGCGCCCUCUCACUGCCUAGCGAAGGCUUGGACGGCGCGCGGAGGCGAGCGCGGUGAAGAAGGGCCUUCGGCGCCGCAGCCGCAGCCGCCUUCAGGGCAUGAGGAUGGCCGUGGGCUCCGUCAAGAUGCAGCCGCCGUGCGAGAGUCCGGCCCUGGCCGCGGCGGCGGCGGUGGCGGCGGCGGACGGCGCCUUUCGCCGCAGCCCCAGCGCCCGCGAGCCGGAGCGCGAGCCGCUGCAGUUGCCGCCGCGGCCGCGGCUGCGGGACCUGCCCGCGCUGCUGCGGAGCGGCCUCACUCUGCGGAGGAAGCGCAGCGCCGCCGGGGGCCGGACUCUAUCAAGAAGAAUUUCCAACCCAUACCUUGAACCUGCUCCUUCCCAGAUUUAUGGAGAGAAUUCUUCUUGUGCAGGAAGAGCACUGAGGAAUAUUAUCAUCGUUCAGGCAGCUGACCUGAUAAAGGACAGGGUGAACCUCAAGGGAUUUUACAGGAGAAGCUGCGUUGGGUCGGAACUGGUAGACUGGCUUCUAGAACACUGUCCUUUGGUCCAAUGCAGAUCUAUGGCCAUAGGGGUCUGGCAGCUCCUACUGGAUAUGGGAAUUAUGUCAUCAGUGGACCAGCAUUUAUGCUUUCAAGAUACCUAUGUUUUCUACCAGUUUUCGUCUGAUGAGUGUAGCUACUUGUACUGUGAAUUUGAAAGAGAAGAGGCGUGGCAAAACGGUGUCAAACUUUUACUGCAGCUGGUGCCUCUCAUUCCCACUAGAGCUGGCAUCUGUGAACUAUCUCAUCAGAAAAUUGAAGACUCAGAAGAGAGCAGCGAUGAAAUUCUUUGUCGUCUGACGUCUGCGGUGCAGAGAGAGCUAGCAGCUGUUAUUGCUUUGAAAGCAAGGAAGUCUGCAAUUGAACAAGAUGAAGAAAACAGUGACAAACACGUAACUGUGACAGAGGCUGAAGGUGUUGCAGAUCCUCAGGCUGGGGUGAUAUGCAAACUUCAGGAGAGAGAUGAUAUCGGGCGAAUUGAACUGGUCCAGAAGCUGGCAAGAGAAAACUGUCAAUUUUUGCAGACGGACAAAAAAGAACAGGAGAAGUCUGAACAUCAGGAUGAUGAAGUGACAACCGUUCAGGUUAAAGAGCAAGACCGGGACGUCCUGGUGCUGAAGAAAGUGCAGAGCUGCGGCCCAGCCCCCCAAGCGGGGAGCUUGGAGAGUGAUUGGAGAUACGUGGUCGUGUCCGGGACCCCAGAGAAGAUCUUGGAGCACCUUUUGAAUGACUUGCACCUGGAAGAAGUCCAGGACAAAGAAACAGAGACCCUCCUUGAUGACUUCCUUCUCACGUACACGGUCUUCAUGACAACUGACGACUUGUGCCAGGCGCUGUUGAGGCACUAUUCUGCUAAGAAGUAUCAAGGCAAAGAAGAAAACUCAGAUGUUCCUUGUCGGAAACGGAAGGUCUUGCAUCUUGUUUCCCAGUGGAUUGCUCUGUACAAAGACUGGUUACAUGAAGAUGAACAUUCAAAAAUGUUUUUAAAGACCAUAUACAGAAAUGUACUGGAUGAUGUAUAUGAAUACCCAAUACUUGAAAAAGAACUGAAAGAAUUUCAAAAGAUACUUGGAAUGCACCGUCGUCACACUGUAGAUGAAUAUUCACCACAAAGGAAGAAUAAAGCCCUUUUCCACCAAUUCAGUCUUAAGGAGAACUGGCUCCAGCAUAGAGGAACUGUGACGGAAACAGAGGAAAUUCUUUCACCUCAUGCAGUUUUCUGUCACGUGUAUAUCACGGAGCACUCCUAUGUCAGCGUGAAGGCAAAAGUUUCCAGUACAGCCCAAGAGAUCCUGAGAGUUGUGGCGGAAAAGAUCCAGCAUGCGGAAGAGGAUCUGGCUCUGGUAGCCGUCACAUUCUCUGGGGAAAAGCAUGAACUUCAGCCACAUGACUUGGCCAUCUCCAAGUCCCUUGAAGCAUCUGGUCGGAUAUAUGUCUACCGGAAAGACCUGGCUGACACUUUGAAUCCUUUUGCAGAAAAUGAAGAAUCACAGCAAAGGUCGAUUAGGAUUUUGGGAAUGAACACUUGGGAUAUUGCUCUGGAAUUAAUGAAUUUUGAUUGGAGCCUCUUCAAUUCAAUUCACGAGCAAGAGCUGAUCUACUUCACGUUCAGCAGACAAGGAAGUGGGGACCACACAGUGAACCUGAGCCUCCUACUCCAGAGAUGCAAUGAGGUCCAGCUCUGGGUGGCCACGGAGAUUCUGCUCUGCAGCCAGCUGGGCAAGAGAGUGCAGCUGGUGAAAAAAUUCAUCAAAAUUGCUGCUCACUGCAAAGCCCAGAGAAACCUGAAUUCUUUCUUUGCUAUUGUGAUGGGUCUCAACACUGCUUCUGUCAGCCGGCUGUCCCAGACCUGGGAGAAAAUCCCUGGGAAGUUUAAGAAACUUUUUUCUGAACUUGAAAGUUUAACGGAUCCUUCCCUGAAUCACAAAGCCUACCGAGAUGCAUUCAAAAAGAUGAAGCCGCCCAAAAUCCCUUUCAUGCCCUUAUUGCUUAAAGAUGUAACGUUCAUUCAUGAAGGAAAUAAAACAUUUUUGGAUAAUCUUGUCAAUUUUGAAAAACUGCAUAUGAUUGCAGACACUGUCCGAACACUGAGACACUGCAGGACUCACCAGUUUGGAGGUGACAUAUCUCCAAAAGAGCACCCAGAGUUAAAAUCCUACGUUCACCACCUGUGCGUCAUUGACAGCCAGCAGGCCCUGUUUGCGCUCUCGCACAGGAUCGAGCCACGGGUGUGAGCCCCCCCACGCCUCGCCACCCUGGAACCGCAGCCCCGGGAGCUCCGGGGAUGGCAGCGCCGAGCACGUUGCUUUCCUGAGAGAAAAGAAGUUGCUGAGUUUUAUCAGCGUAUCACAAGACAUACACAGGAAAGCCAGCCAGAGCGUGCUCGCGAAGUGAUGUCAGCUGCCAGAGAUGCGGAGAGGCUGCUGUUGGAAGGGGAAGGCAGAAGCUUUCUCGAAAUGGAGAAGCCUGGUUUCUUAGGAUCACCUUGUUGAACCAAUCCAAUGUUCACUUUGAGAUGCGCCAGCGUCAAGACGAGAGACCGUCUCCUAUCAUACGGUGACCAGGUGUCUCCGUAAGAGCAUGUGUGAGCCUGGGAGCAGUUUUACUUUGCCUGGUUUCUUAGGAUCACCUUGUUGAACCAAUCCAAUGUUCACUUUGAGAUGCGCCAGCGUCAAGACGAGAGACCGUCUCCUGUCAUACGGUGACCAGGUGUCUCCGUAAGAGCAUGUGUGAGCCUGGGAGGAGUUUUACUUUGCCUGGCAGCAGAUGCCUGUUUCUAGGCUGUCAAAGCGGGAGCUCAUUUGAACACCUGAAGACAGUGACGGCAUCUCUAGGUUUCCAGGGAGACGCACCGGUCUCUGUCUUUAUGAACUAUGACAUCGCCAAAAGCCACUUGUGUCUAGGGAGUUAGUGAGGACUGGCAGCUGGCAUCCCUGCUCUGAUCUCCAGAAGAGAAAUGUCAAGGCAUGCAUUUCUUGGCAUCCACAGUCACUUAGCGAUGUGUGCUCGCAGGUGAAAUGCGUUUCUGCGCAACUGAUUCACAACUGUAGGCAAGUUAGACUAAGUUGCUUUGCCAACACGGAAGAACAGUCACCUUUCAGAAAUCGACGCAUUGAAUUUCUGGGGAUUUUCUUUCCACGUGCAAGCAGGCUCUCAUCUCGGGUACAAUACGAUUUUUGACAAAAGCACGGUGCCUGACACAUUGCAGGCACUCUUAACUGUUCCUGGGGGUGACGGUCACAAAGGCCCGCCUUUUUGUGCCUGGCGAUGCCCUCGUGUGUUGCUUGCUUCCAGCAGCCUCAUGCCCAUACUCUGGAAUGAGAACGGCCCAUACAGGGAGCUUAAGUGGGAUGUGAUGUGUGAAGCACUUAGCUCUCCCUGGAGAAGAACAAGGGGUUAAAAUAGUGGUGAUCGCCCAUCUUUCAGCAAAUGAAAAGAACCCCAAAGAUCUAAAUGUCUGAUGUAUGUUGGACACUUAGAAGUCCUAUAGUCUGCCUCCCAACCAAGGCAGGGAGCCUUUCUAUAAUCUGCCUUUUUUUUUUCCCCCCAAAUUCUCAGAGUCUUUUAAGUCUUUUUAUUCCCGUUUUUACAGGUGGGGGCUCCUACAGUAAAUAUGACCUCUUGCUGUUCUCAAGAACUGGUUAGAGGAUUUCCCUCAACCUUCAAGUGAACAAAAAAGCCUGUGAGAUACAGUAAUGAAAUCCACCCCUGCCAGCUAGAUCCUUGUCACUUUGCUAAAAUACAAGGGCCCUGCUUUGCCUGUUAGGUUCAUUCAUUUUCCACACAUGUGAUCCUGGUGCCCCUCUCACCCCUCCUGCCUGGUCCCCUCCUUGGUGCCUGUACAGAAUCGCUUCUUCUUGUCCCAUCAGCACCUCGUUACUGAGAUGUGUCCAAUGCUUUCUUACACCUUUAUAGCAAUGCUGUUUCCUGGGCUCGGGAGCCGCGCUGAGCUUGAGAGAUCCCUGUUAGCAGCCACAGGGAGCAAAUUUGGGGUAGGACUUUGAAAGAGAGUCUGUCCCAGCAUGUCAAGCUUCAGUCCUGAACAUUAACAUGGCUUUAUAGAAAGGCACCAUCCAGGGCUAGUCCACUCAGAGAAAUGCCCCAGGCUCCUGGCAAUGGAAUGAGACCCAUUGGAGGAGAUCAGCCCCACCAGAACCAGGGAAAAGAGACUUUUCUCGUGGCUGAUCAAACACUGGAAAAGCGCUCCCCUUGGCAAUUACUGAGGACGCUGUGGGCUUACAGCACCAGUGUGUGUUCUGGUCUUUUCUCUGUGCUCAGGAGUAGCAUUGGGCCAUUCUAACCCUACGAGGCCAUUUUGACAUCGUCUCUUGUGUUUUACAGUUUAAAUGGUUAUUCACAUUAGAUCUGCAUUGCUCCAUCUAAAAGUAUUGCAGUUGCUCCAGUGGAGAACUAUUUUAGCACAGCACCUGCUGCUUGGACCUCAACUCAGAUGUGUGCAUGGCCAAACGAAUCCACACGUACAUCACACCUAAACAGAUUUUGAGGGUGUAGUCGGAGUACCCCACGUGGUAUGGGUGGAAACAGACUGGGAGAGAACGGCGCUUGCCCGCUGUUUCCUCCAGCCAUGGUCUUAAUGGCUCUUGGGGCAACAAAAGGGAAGGAUUUUGUUUUGUUGAGAUGUGCUUUUCCAUCCCUGUCUUCUGAAAGUCAAAAUCUCUAAAUCUUCCUGAAAUUUAACAACGAUCUGCAGAGGUCUCCCAGGCAGCAGCUCUCAGAAAUUUCAGAAGCAAUGAGAAGACGUGAAUCUGGAAUCAAUGAAUUCAAGGCAGAAUCAUGGGAACCAGAUGUAGCUCAACAUGAAGCUGUUUCUAAUGAGUCUGGAGCUGUCCAAGUGAACAGGCUGCAGGGGACUUAAGCAGGGUCCCUGUUAAUAGGGGUGGGUCAUAUUCCCUCUGCAUAUAUCUGCCAAGGCCUCUUUGGAAUAGGUUUUGUUCUGGCCAGAAGGGUGGCCAGGAGGACCUGUAAGCUCCUUUCUAACUCUGUUAGAUUUUCACAAUCGCACGAAAUCUCCAUUCACUCUGAAAAAUCUCCUAUCACCUGAGACCUUCACCAGCGACGGGUGCGUGGGCACUUCUGAGGGGGUUCUUUUCGCUAUGGCACAAUUUUCAGACAGUCCUAUGGGUCUUUGGAUCUGUCAGCAAACCAGCCCUGCUUAGAAGAUAGCACAGGGCAAGUUCCUAUCGGCAAAAUCACAACCACUCAAAAAAAUUUUUUAAUUUUUCCAUACCCAUUUGCAGAUGCUCCAAAGACUACAGUGUUUUAUAAUAACUUCACUCUUCGUUAUAAUCUGUAUAAUUGCCAGACGGUUGUAGUGAUACAUAUUAUGGCCUGCGUUCACUUUAGUAUCUCGUUAGAAUGAAUUCAUUUUCCUAGACCCCUGUCCACAAGCAAGUUGGGUGCAGAAUACCUUAAAUUCAGAAGCAUAGGGACAAAGUAACAACCCAUACCUCCCAGCUUGUAGGGAGAUGUUGCACUAAUGCAUACUCACCUCCAAGUAGGGAGACACAGUGGCAUCAAAGAGAAGGUGCUGGUGACGUUUGAUCCCUGGAGCUGGGCUUCCACUGCUGCCCCGAUCCCUGCCCAGUGGUUUUGUUGCAGCCAUCGCACACACCACAGAUUCCAAGUGUCCCUAGAUGGCAGACCUAGUCUGAGCUUCUCAGAAACUAGGCAAAAACAUUCAAAUGGGGAAGAUCAGGUCCACUCUGGUGAUCUAACAUGGAUAGCAUUUCUUUUAAAUGCUUCAAAGACAUGUCCUUAAGUUUUCAGCCUGCUUAUUAACGAGUGAGCCAUUGUGCUUAAAACUAGUGCUGGAAAAAAGUUUUUAAAAAUUGCCAAAAAGUUAGAUGAAAAUGUACUAUAUAAAGCAAAGCUGUAUAUACUAAACAUUUUUUAGCAGAGUAAUAUUUAUUUGCAUAGCCUAUUUAUUCGUAUUCCACUGUUAUCAAAUACUGGGAUGAAAUCGAUGAGACCGCUGUGACAUUAUCAGCUUGCAUUAACAGAAGAUAGAAAACCCACAAUCAGGGCGUCUACCUAACUUCUCAGGGACUACACUUUGUAGUUUUCCACCAUUAGAAGAGCUGGUAAAUAUGAAACAUUUGUGGAAUUACCAGAAUUGCCAUUAACAGUAUUUUCUUUCUCAUAUUUCAUGCUUUCUGCUUCUGUAUAUAUGACUGUGCUGUGUAUUUAUCAAAGCUAGUAAGCAAUAAUUUAUAUGUAAAAAUGGCCAAGCAAUAUAAGGUGAAAACUUACAUGUAAGUCACUGUUACCUUAUCUUGUAUUUUCAAGUGUUUUUUUUUAAAAAACUGCUUUUCCAAAUAUAAGAUGAUGUUAAAGAUACUA